CUGGUUACGUCUAUUCAUGCUGGAAGUGACGGAGGAAAGGUGAAGGAAUUUGACAGUGCUGUGGACGAAAUCAUCAGCCUUGGACAGGAAGACACCACUUGUGCAGCCCUAACAGAAGCCUCCCAAGUGCCAAUAGUAAUUGCAUUACGUGGUGUGCCUGGAAGUGGGAAGUCAUUCCUGACGACCCACUGCUCAGAAUACCUCACUGAUUCAGCAAGUGUAGCCAUCUGUAGUGCUGACUUUUACUUUAUGAAGGGUGGCGAUUACAAAUAUUCAACAAAGCUCCUACCAAUGGCCCAUACCUACUGCCUAGAUCUUUUCCUCCGAGCACUAGCUGAGGGGAAACAACUCAUAGUUGUUGAUAACACCCACUCGAGAAAGUGGGAGUACGAGAUAUACAGUUAUAUCUCGUCAAUUCUUGGCUGUAGAUACCACGUCCUUGAAAUUCCAUGUCCCUCACAGAAGACACUCGAAAGCUAUCGAUCUAGAAACCAGCAUAAAAUUGACGAGAAAACGGCACUGAAUAUUUUCAAGCGAUGGGAAGUGGACGAAACAACUUUACUUGUGCCGCCAUCUCUGGCAUACCCACGAAUGAUUUCCAACACUCCGCCAGUCUACUCGCUGGUAUCUCUGUGUUCCCCAGAUGCACUGGACAGCUCUGAAGCUCUUGCCCAGUCUACCACCCUCAAAGCUGUGUACACAGCAGUCUUCUUGACCCCAGAGUCCCAAUGGAGGCUGGUUUCAGCAGUAGCUCCCACUCAUCCGAGGAUUAGUGCCGACCAUGUCACUCUGGUCUUUGAACCGAGCAAAGAGUCCUGUCUGAAUGCCAACAUUGGUAGCAGAGUCUCACUCUGUGUAACAGGUACUGCUGACAAUGGCCAGGUGCAAGUAGCUGCAGUUGAGUUGCCCCGAGGCCUGACAUGCCAGAAUGCGGUGCCUCACAUAACAGUCUCUGCCGGAGAGAAUGUACCUUUUAAAGCAGCAAAUGAGUUACUAGAGCGGCAGAGUCCUAAGCCAGUUUAUCAAAACACUGAGCUUGAAGGAAUUAUUGGUAUUGCAGUUCGUGAGAAAAAUGUAUUUGAUGAACCCACUGAAUGUAAUUCUGAACCUUCAGCAAAAGCUCUUUCCGAGGAAGAACAUUAUACUGCCCAGCAAAUCUUCACUAUAAAGUCAGGAAUGUUAUUUAGAGGUCAGAUUGUACCAAAACUGGCUGCCGCUGCUGACGAUACUGAUAUAGACACGGUGGAAAUUUGCACUGGGGAGCAAAAAGCCACACGGCUCUACCUCUUUGACUUUGAUGACACCCUGUUUUCCACUCCCGAUGCACGCACAGGGCGCCAGCUGUACGAAAAUUUCACUGGGAGGAAAUGGAAGCGAAAGGGAUGGUUCACUUGGCCCGAGUCACUCCUGCCACCGUUGAGAGCAGCCCCCGGACCAGUGCUAGCGUCUUUCCGAGACCACAUUGGCCAGGCCGGCAGCAUCACUGCUAUUCUGACUGGUAGGAAUGAGCGCACAAAGCCUGGAGUCGACCAUGUUCUCGAGUGCUAUGGGGUUUAUCCAGAGAAAUUGAUCAUGAAACCAGAUGAUACUGACGAAGACACCCCUGUUUUUAAGGCCCGUUUUGUCCAGCAACUUUUGAAUGAGCGUCCCAACAUCACGUUGGUGAAAUUUUGGGACGACAAUACACGGAACCUUGCAGCCAUUCACCGCCUUUCUUUGUCUUCAGCUUUCAAACAUAUCCAAUUUGAUAUUGUCGAUGCAACCAAGAUGAUCCAGACUGCUGCUACCAAGCAGGGAAAGAAGGUUAAGGUCCAAGCACAAUAUUCUAAGAAGAUUUUAGGGGUUGACUCAUACCCGUCUACACUAGAGUCCUACCUUGCCUCCUGCGGCUACCUUUCUAGCCCGGCCUACAAAUCUUCUGCCGAUUGCGGAAUUCGUUUUAUCGCCGAGCAGUUUUCCAAGCUAGUAGGGUACACUGGAAAUCCAGUUCACCUUGUGUACCCAUUCGGUUCGUUUCCUCUUGGGAGGAGGGGUGACGUGGACUUGUGCCUGCUCUGUCCCCCUCAUCUCACACCAGCUGAUGCUCUUGAGCAACUGUCGAGGGCACUCGGUGAAUGCGGUAUCACCUACCUUCACAAAGGCUACAGCACUCGUUGCCCACGGCUCAAACUCAUGCUCAAGUUUACCGCUGCCCCUCCUAUAGACUACGGCAUUGUGUUUGCCAGCAUUAGUGACCCCGCCCAUUUUGAAUCUCCACAAACCUUACAAUUGCCUGCACCAAAGGUCCUGUCCAAGAUUAGACCUGAGGGUAUUAAUGAGGUCAUGCCAGUGUCUCGAUUCGGUGGUGUGGUGGAAAUGACGGUGCAGAUGCUGAUAGCUCAAAGACAGAAGGGAAAUGCUUAUCACUGCAUUCGAACCUUUCACAUAGUGAAGCUUUUGGCCACAUUCAUUGAAUUGCACAGAGACACAUUGGCCGAGAAGAACAGCGACAUGAUUUUCAAAGAGUUUGCUGUGUACGUUACCAAAUUACCAGACGAAACGUGGAAGAAGUUAUUUGGUGAGUUCGUUCCAUAUGAGUUCAUUCCAAAAGUGCAGAAAGUUUUCAAGAGAGCCACUGAGCUAAUGUCCUCCGAGCAAGGUGGGCUAUGUUACCAGGAGCUAAUGGAUAGGAGUGCCAUCUAUCCUCCCGAGGGUUAUACUCUAGUAGAGAUCAAGCUGUCGGGUAGUAACAAGAUUGCUCUGUGGAGGCUUCAUGCCAUUGUAGAAGCACGAUUUCCGUCAUAUGCCCGACAACUCAUAUCCCAGGGACUAGACAUCCUACCUGAUGGCAAUGUGGAAAACAAAACCAAAUUUGUGUUUGCCAUAAUGCACACAAAAGCCACCAAACAAACAUUGCAGCAAGUUCUGAGGCCGUUUUGGAACGAAAUAUCAAGGUUCAAGAGUGAAGAAGGGGUGAACAUAUCACUGACAUUUGGACGAACAGCAGAAAAUUCAAGCUCGAGUGAAAAAUCACACCAGGAACAACCAAAGGAAUCAAUCCCAGCCAUUAAAGAAUUGACAAAGUUUGUAUCUGACUCUACUCAGUUUGAAAUGAUGAUUUCCUGUUCGUUGACGUCCUAUGAGCGAAUGCUAGUUCACGAGAAAUGUGAGCAGCUGGAUCUGAACCAUUCCACCAUUGUAGUCCGAAAAGAGAAACACAUCCUUGUGAAAAAGAACUAACCCUUUUAUGUGCUAUUAGCUAUUAGCCUACUCUCACAAUUGCUUUUAAAAUGUCAA